UUUACGUAGUUUGGUAGGUCAGAGUCGGGUAGAAUGUUCCGCUAAACUGAACAACAUACAAGCAGAGUUAAAGUGCUCUCCUGGAAGCUCGUAUGUCAGCUGUUUAUAUUAACCGGAAGGAGAUGGUCUUGGUCGAACGAAGUAAGACGGGAAAAAGGAGAGAAAGAAAAUAACUGUUUUCCAUUACCGUCCACCUGUCGACGAAAAAGAGAGGAUCGUUGGAGUACCGUGCAGAGUAUUUACGCACGUAUAAGCGUAAGAGUCCAUUGUGGUCGCAACUCAAAGAGAAACGUCGAUACCCAAAAGUUUUUCUUUUUCACGUCUCCCCAACUGUGACAAAUUCUGACAAUUUACCGCACCACCUGUCCCGAAAAAUACCACCAAAGGUUUAUAACAUCAACAGGCCAAACAACAUUUCAAUUAUUGGACAAGAUUUUCAGUGAAGUUGAGCCUUAAGUUCUUUGUUAUUUGAGAGAUGACAGAGAAAAAACAUGGAAAUCCUGGGAUGGUGUUCCUGACCCCCUGCCGACUGGCGGCCAUCUUUCUGACUGUGCUGCUCCUCGGGGGGAUUGGAGUGGCUGCCUGGGCUGUGGUAACAUUUCUGAGCAAGGCAGAAGACACAGGAUUAUAUGAGGUCCAGGUUAAGUCUGCUAAUCUCCUGCUCAGUGUGUUCGACCACACCCUAGGCAGGUGGAGGUAUGUCUGUUCCUCCAGCUCCAACCAGAUUCUGGCCAGCAUCAGCUGCGAGGAGAUGGGAUUUGUCAGGGCACUGAACUAUUCUGUGUCCACAAUUCCUGAUGGCAGCAAGGACGCUGAGGAUUUCUUCUGUGUGGAUGCCAAGGAGUUAGUGUUUGGGAAGAAGAUAAAGGAGUUCCUCUCUCCCUGCUCAUGUGAAAGUGGAGAGGUACUGAAAGUGCUCUGUCAAGACUGUGGGCGUCGCAGUCUGACGGAGGACAGAAUCGUGGGGGGCGAGGAGUCCAGGCUUGGUCGCUGGCCGUGGCAGGUCAGUCUGCAGUACGAUGGAGCGCAUCAGUGUGGCGGCUCCAUCAUCUCAGACCGCUGGAUCGUCAGUGCUGCCCACUGCUUCCCUGAGAGAUACCAUCAUCUGAGUCGCUGGCGGGUGCUCCUGGGGUCCAUUUACAGAACAGCCACUCACAAAAGCGUGCAUGUGGCUGAAGUUAGGACUGUAGUCUUCCACAGCAGCUACCUGCCCUUUGUGGACCCCAACAUCGAUGACAACAGCCGUGACAUUGCCAUCCUGGCCCUCACCACCCCGCUGCAGUUCACAGACUACAUCCAGCCCGUGUGCCUGCCCACCUACGGCCAGCGGCUGGUGGAGGGGAAGAUGGGCACAGUGACGGGGUGGGGGAACACCGAAUACUACGGCCAGCCUCCCGAUGUGCUGCAAGAAGCAAAUGUUCCCAUCAUCAGUGAUGCUGUCUGCAAUGCCCCUGAAUACUACGACAACCAGAUCACCACCAGCAUGUUCUGUGCAGGGUAUGAGAAAGGAGGCAUUGAUGCGUGCCAGGGGGACAGCGGGGGUCCAUUUGUGUCGGAGGACACGCUGUCGAAGGCCCGGCGCUACCGGCUGCUGGGUGUGGUCAGCUGGGGCACUGGCUGUGCCAUGGCCCGGAAGCCGGGGGUGUACACCAAGGUGUCCCGCUUCCUGCCCUGGAUCAGCGCCGCCAUGCGGUCCUUUGAGAAUGUUCCAGGUGUACACAAAAUGUCCCGCACAUGAAGACCUGACGGCCCCUUUGCUGCCACAGGGAUGUGACAGAAAGGCCUCUUUGCUUUCAUCCCCCGGAGCCGAGACAUCCUGCAUCUCCCCUGUGAGGCUCAAUGCACUUAGAGGGAUCUGCCAGGGGAAACAUGCACAUUAUACCACAAUGAUUUUUUACACAAAAAGAAACAUUUAGGUUUCUGUUAACUGCCAACCUGUUCUGAUGUACAUGUCUCACUGCCAAUAGCAUUUUUUUUAAUCAACAGAACUUCUUAAAUAUUUUAUUCUGUGUUCUUUUUAAGGAUGUAGCAGUUGCAGAUUGGGGAAUGAAUAUGUCCUAUUUUAUUGUUAGUGGUUUCUGAAAUGAGACCCCAGCUGUGUGCUGGUUUGGUCCUUUUCAGAGUUUAGGCCUUGCUCUCACUCACACUGAUUUUAUGUGGAACGUAAAACUGUACAGUAACAAACUCUAUAGAAAGGAAACAGAAUUUCCUAUGAUAUUUGGUGCAUAAUCAAACAGUUAUUUGUAAUUUGGGGCAGAAUUUGGACUAGCAGGCUUCAGUCUGGCAACAUGGAAAGGCAGAACUGGUACAAAGAAUGAGAUGGUAAGGAAAGACUUGCUGAAAGUCCAUGGUGUCUUAAUUCCUUAUGGUAUUUUAAAUAGAUGUAUUCUGCAUUAAAUCUAAUCAUCUAUAAGAUGACAGUGUUAUUAACAUGAUAUGCACCUGUGCAUUAAUAUUGAAUUAUUUCAUGUAAAGUUUUGAAAAUACAAAAACAGCUUCUACAGAUCUUUGAGGAAGUAGCAAAAGAGAGACACUCAUCUAACAGUCAGUCUAACCACAAAGCACUUUAGUGACAGCUUCCAAUAAUAAAAAUAAAAAAGGGUGGUAUGUUUGUAUUAGUGAACAGUAAACUUAUAAUGCUGUGUAACAGAAAGCAAGGUUUUCGUCAGCCUCACAGCCUGGGUUGUGUCAGCAGACAGUGAUGUGUCUCUGCCAUGGGGCCAACAGCUCACCAGCUGCACUUGGCUCAGCUUCUGCAAGUGUGCAAACAGACUAGUGUACAAUCAUGAUUCCAAAUUUGGUAAAGAAGGGGAAGAAACAUAAUGGAGAACGGAAAAUGAAUAUUCAUAUUAUUGUUUAAAUUCAAGGACAAAAUGCAUUGUGGCCACACUGACUGUAGGACUUAGGCCUCAUAGAGUUUCCAGCAGGACAUUGAUGGGAUGUACAGCAAAAAUGAGUGCAAAUCAAAAUAACAUUUUAUUAACACUGUGCUACACUUGGCUUCAUGAGCCAUAAUACAGCACCACCCUGUAAACACAAAGCUCUGCCCCAGAAAGGCAGCAGGUAUGGAUGUGCUGACCUCUCUCUGACCACAUCUGGAGUCUGUAGCAUCUCAAACUGUAUGUAGCUGUGGUUGGAUCAAAAACCCAGAUGAGCACAAAAUACAUUCAUUUCUGUAUAAUUGUCAGUAGGUUUUUUGUUUGUCUCUUUCUCAUGAAUAUACUAUGAAUUGAUCUGUUGCACAAUGGUUUCCCUAAUGGUAAGAUAAGAAAAUACUCUGAAUUUGUUUCUGCUAGACCAGUGAUUUUUCAGACUUUUUUCACGCAACCCAUAUUUUUAAAAUGACAAUCCAUUUUCUCUAAGUGCAAUAGGCCUAGUGUUGUUAUCAUUAGUAGGCUAUUAUCAAACAAAGUCACCGGCCGGUGACAUACCAUAUUCAGAGCAAAUUCAGCAUGGCAGUUCACAAAAUCCAUGGUUUGUGUGUGCCCACUGUCAGGCAAGCAUAUCAGCAGUUUAUGUGUGUUUGUGGGAAAAGGAAGGAGGCGGGUCACUUUGCAACUUUCAUAGUUUGGGCUGGGAUCGGCUUUGUGCUCUUACCCAGAAUAUUGUCACGUUUCUCAAGCACUGGGUCAUGAUCCAAACUGGACUGUGAAUUUCACUACUGGAUUGCACAUGAAAACCCCCUCUGUUAAUGGUCAUGAAGUAGCAUUAAGUGACAAUUUUAAUCAAGCAGUCGAACAGCAGUGACAUCUACUGUUGCAUUGCAGGACUCAUUUUUGACAUUGAGUUUUAAAGGUAGCACCAUAGUAUAUCUUUGUUAGCUCAGCUGGGUAAAAUAGCUAGCCAUGUAUUAUAACUGGAAAAUUAGGAAAUUAGUCCUAACAUCAAUUUCAUCUCUGCCGCACUGUAUUUACAACAUGUAAAACUAGCUGUCUAAAACAAUAACUAGCUAGCAAAAAUCACCUCCAUUGCUAAUAUUUGCUACAUGCCAGUAAAUUAGUCAGAUAGCGAGCUAACACUCUGCCUUACCUUAAAAACCUAAAAAACCUUAAUGUUGAACAGAACAGGUUACUCACUGUGUGCUGUAAAUAACUGCUUCCUGUGGCUACAAUCUGAGACCCACCUGUGGGUCCUGACCCAGACACUGAAAAACAACUAACUAGACAAAGGUCAGCUGUCAUUUUUUAUUUUCCUUUUUUUUUUUACAGUAGGAGUGUGUCCAACCUUUGGGUUCUUCUCUUUGGCUAAUAACACUUUAUAAGUUAUAAAAAAAACACCAGUAUCUACUCAUCUCCAGACAACUGGAGGCAUGCGGAUUUCUCUCCUCAAGUUCAAAUAUCUUCUUUACAAAACAAAUCAGGAGUCAGAAGGUGGCAAUUGCCUAUAAUAUUAACAAGGAAAUUCUGUACAUUCUGUACAGGCUAUUUCAUGUAGCUGUUAACCUACAUGAGUGGAAAGCACAAAAUAAUUGUGUAUAAGCUGAACUAUUUUCCCUGUCAGAGAUGUUAUUUGACUGUAAAUAACCUCAUAAAUAUGCACACUUGUUUCAGAAGUAUUAACGGCUGAGCCAAAUUGAAUGUAAGGUAUACAGCUAGCUAGCUAGCUAGAAAGAAAACCAGGUUCGCAAGUCAAAUGACUAGUUUUCCUCGUCACAGUGUGUGCCCACGCAGUCAGCCAGUCAGUUCCCUUCCACCUGGGGAAACCGCAAGCUGUAGGCACUCUUACCAGGUCACUCUCUCCCUACUGCUGUGAGCUCAGCUGAAAUGCCCCAAUUCAGCUUUCAAGCUACCCAUAUAAAGCAACCAGCACAGUACUUUGUUUCAAAUGAAAUAGAGUUGAUUCAGUACGAUAUAUAGAAAAUUAAAAUCAAAUGUGUAGCUGGGAAGGAAUUUUUGAUUAAUGAUGAGGCUGUGGUGCAGUCACAUGGUCAUGGUGGAAUGGUGUGUCACUGAGGUGUGUGUGCAUAGAUAUGCAGUACAGAGAUAUGUAGUCACAGUGUUCAUGAAUUGAUUGUCAAUAAUUCUGUCCAGUUAAAAUGGAAUUAUGAGUGAAUCACAUAUUUAAGUGGUUUCUCAGAAUCAAAUGUUCAUGUUUUUUUCCAGCUAUGGAUUUUUCCCAAAAUAGUCUAAUGAUAGUUGUAGUCAUAUCAAUAUUUAUAUUUUCUGACUAAGUGGCACAUCCCAAGUAACAAGACUGGUAUCAAAUACAUGUUAUGAAAAGAGAAUCACAAUACCUAAUGUCUCUAGUCUCAGCUAAAAAUGUUCCUGAGGGUUUUACCUUUUUAAUGGGAUUAACGAAUUGAAUUACACAUCCACGUCACCUGCUCUUGAAUAGAAAGGUAAAUAUUCCUCUCCUGCGCCAAAGCCCAUGGCAUCUAUGCCAGUUAUUUGCCUACUAUAGAAUUCUAGAACAUCAAAAAAAAAAAAUUAUUUACAAAAGUACUAGUGUUCCACUGCAUUCCAAUGGUGAAGGUCAAGAUGCUCUGCUAAAAAAGACCUGAGGCCUGCUUUAGUCAUGUUGUUUCUUUCAGUUGUUUUAUGACAGCUAUAUGGUGUUCUAAAUUCUCAACCAGCUGUGGAUAUUGUAAAAAAAAGAACAAACUAGUCUUGACAUGGUCAGCUUGGCUUAAUUUCUUUACUAGCUCAUAUUAGUAUAUCAGCGUAAGUUCCAUAAUUCCUUUAGUAUGAUAGUUUAAGAUGUUUUUAAUUUUACAAGAGGAAAGCUCUUCAAAUAAUUUAAAUAUGUAAAACAUUUUAUUUUUGAUUUAUUAUUUUUGACCUUUUUGACAAAACAGGAGACAUCUGUGGCAUAAAUAAGGCACAAAUACUUUCAAUGAAGAAUGCAAUCUACAAACAUUACAGAUCAGGGGUUGCCAAACUGUGGCCUGUCAGCCAGCUGUGGCCCCCACAGCCCAGGCGCUAAAGCAGACAUUCAGUUACACCUCUCACUGUGCCUUUAAGGUCCCUUUAUAAACAAUUACUGCUGCCUAGCAACCAAAUAUCAGCUGCCAUCCUGGCUUCAGUCAGGGACUAGCUAGCUAAUGGACUUCCAUUUUAUAUUCUUAUUUACCUAGCUAGUCUUUGGUGUUGAUUUUCUGACUGGAUCAGUUUAACAUGGGCAUAUGGCAGGAGAGCAGAAUCUGGUUGAAAUUGAGAUCUAUGUUGUUGCAAAUUUUUAAAUAUGUGCUCAGAAAUAUGUGAUAAUGUUAAGUAGUGAAAGUAGUCAGUUUCAGGUCAGUGUGAAAAACAGAGAUCUGUCAUUUUUACUGUCAUUUCAUAUUUUUUUAUUUGCUCUUUGGGCAUGCCAGUAGUCAUGAUUAGUGUCAGUAUGUUGGGAAAGCAGAUAUAUUUUUUUCUGUUUUCAAUGGGAGAAGAGGCUGUGAUGUGAUGUGAAGGCAUUUUUUCCCAUGGGGGUUAUGUGUAUUAUUCAAAUCCAGUAUUCAGGUUCAGCAUUACUUUCCUUUCUGCGAAUAUUUUAGCUGCUUAAAUUGUGAAUUCAGUACAUGUGAACUUCCAUACAGUAACGGUGAAGGUUGUGGGUGAUGUGGUUAAGCAGCACUUACAAAUGACUAGAAGAAGGGAAGAAGGGAUCGCAUCUGGCCGCAGGCCGAGGUUGUUGACCCCCUUGUGGACGUCAUACAGAGGGUCAAGGGAGAGAUGGGGUGCAGGAGGGAUGUUGUGAACAGCUGAUGCAGAAACAAGGUGGUAAGUGUGAUUUUUAUAAAUGUGGAUGGGAUUUAUUUUGUAUAGAUUUGGUAAAUUGCACAGAGAUUGUCUGAAAAUUCUCUUCCCAAAUCCUUGUUUGGAACUUCAUUUAUUUAAGUAAUGUCAGCUCCAGGUUUAAGAGUGUCCUUUUUUCUGUCUGAAUGGGAGUACAUGUGACAUUAAGAAUGUAUAGUAAAUAAAAUGUAUGGAUUUUGAUCAUGAAUGCUAUUUUCCCCAAUUUAGAUCACUAUCACCAAAACUUUGAGAAGCCUUGAUAUAGAUGAAUCAGUAUUUCUGACUUAUUACAUGAAGGCUGUACUAAAGGCCUUUAUGCUUAUGCAUAUUAAGUAUGUGGAAGAGGAUUUCUUGGCUCACUUAUUUUAUGGCCUGAUUAAGUCUGUCAUGAUUUUGUCCUCCUGCUUCUUCUCGUGCAAUACCAAAGAAGACAAAGAAGACAUAGAAUUAUCCAAUGAGUUCGGAUUGGUUUUAAACCGAUUUUGAGAAAUACAAAGGAACUGCAGUUGUAGUGGGACUGAUAUAUGACACCGCAUGGAGCACACUGUAGAGCCGACCUGGCUGGGGCAUCAGCUAACCAAGGUAGACAAUUAUGGGAUGCAUUAAUUGAGUGAGAGGUUGUCUGUUACCAUGACUGCAUGUUAGAAGUCAGCAAGCAAUGUGUCUCAAGUUGCCUCUGCUCUAGCUGGUGGAAGAGGCGAGGAGCUGUGCUCAUGUAGAGUCGUUCCCUUUGCUUUAAAAUGACAACAUGUACAUGUGCAACAUGGCUGCUUUAUCAAGUACAAUGGAACUGUCUUAUAUGUCCGCAUGUAUAUCUUAUGCUGGAUUUCAGCACGACUUGUUUGCUCUGUGUCAGACAUCCACGGUUUGUCUAGAAAUGAUUUUGGACACGACUUUUAAGCUGCUUGCACUUCGCACAAUUUUGUUUCAUUUAGUCUUGUCUCAGUGAUGAACUUAAACUUUUGUGAAUGUUUGUAUAUUUUCUGUCCUCACAAAAUGAUUAUUAAAUACUUAGGACUGGCACAUGCAUCAUA